CAACCGAGCACCGCCGAGCAUGCAGCCGCCGUGCCUGGGCGCGUGCGGGGGCAGCCUCGCCGUCCUAGGCCCCAGCCCCCACCGCCGCUGCCCCUCCACCUCCAGGGCUACCGUCCAGUGCGCCGCGCGGGGCGGCGGGAGGGCGUCGUCCAGGGGGAAGGAGAACGUCUGGAGCGUAGACAACGAACGCGCCGCCGAGCAGAAGCCUCGGCCCCAGAAGAACCACCGUGGGCGCGGGCGUGGGCGUGGGCGUGGGCGCGGGAGCCCAGGGGGGAGCAGCCGCCCGCCGCCGCCAGCGGGGAGAAGGAAGGAGAAUGAUGCGGACCCGAGGGUUCUGGUCUCCGGAGCCAUGCUGGUGCAGGUCGAGACCGUGCUGCAGACCCAGGAACCUGUUAUAAAGCCUUCUUGGGAAACAUUUGCUAGUAGCUUAAGUGGCAUGUGGAAGGGUGUUGGAGCUGUGUUCUCGCCAACCACAGCAGAGAUGGAGCCUGUUGGACUAGGAAGCAAAGAGGAGUACCUUUACGAUUGCUACACCCUUUCUCGCAUCGAGAAAGUGGAUGAUGGUAAUUAUGGGACCGAGAUCCGAAGGAAGACAAAUUGGGUGCAGCUAAAUCCUCAUGGGGAGGCUGAGAAGCAGAGUGCCGGAGAUGAUGGCUGGAAUCAUGGUGGUUCAAGUGGGAAAACAACCGUUGAUUUACCUGCCCAUGAACAUUUUGAUCUUAAGAGGAGCGAUGUACUUGAUGAAGAUGUUAUUACUGUGGAACCGGGGAUUGUAUUUUUUGAGGAUGGAUCAUACUCUAGAGGUCCGCUUGAUAUAGAAAUUGGUGAAUACGAUGAAUCUAAAUACUUCCUUUCACCAACAUAUAAGUUUGAGCAAUGUCUGGUAAAAGGAAGCCACAAAAGACUGCGUAUCGUGCAUACCAUCGAGUUUAAUGAGGGAGGAGCUAAUAUACAAACUGUAAGGGUUGCUGUAUAUGAAGAACAAUGGGCUUGCCCAGCAAAUAUCCAUGUUGAAGACAAUAUCCCUGUUGACGUUAAACCUUUCUCUCAAAGAAAGCGGACCGAACCAUCAGAACUGACAGGCUUCUGGAAAGUAUAUGAAGUCAGCGCGACACCAAUUUUCAGUGAGAAAGUGCAAGAACUAGAGGGUGGAGCCCUGUUUGUAUACUUGUGCAUGGAGACCAUGAAGAAGAGAACCUUGCCAGAGAGCUCAAUUUUGUUUGGGGAGGAGGAGAUGCUGGACAUGCAAGAUGUAACUGUGCUUUGGUUACCUGGAGGCGUUACCGCCUAUGUUGACGUGGAUCACGACGGUAUACUCUGCAUAGGGGUUAGUUGGUACUCGGAGGAAGGGAUUAAUCUGGUGAUGGAGAGAGACUACGGAACUGACGGGAGGCUCAGAGAAGUUCGGACAAAAACUGAAAUCAAGCGCAGGUGGAAUCAACUAGUCCCACAGUAGUUGGAAGAAUCCAUUACUUUCCUUAAGCACCCUGUUUGUAUUAACUUCUGUUUCUGGAUAGUAGUAUAGGAGCAAUAAUGUCUAUUGGAGGUAUGAGCUCCAGUAAAAUAGUGUUCCAGUUGAUGUACAUCAUAGAUCAGUUGUAAAAGAUUUUGCCUCUGUUGAACGUGCAGGCUUCGGUUUCACCAGCGAGAAAGUGAGCUAAAACCGAGCUCAGGAAGAAUA